AUGAAUGAUCAGAAUGAAAGCGUUCAGGAGAAAACGGUGGACAACAGCAACGUUUUUAGCUGUACUGCCUGUCAAAGGCCGGACUCUGCCGAUGAUCUCGUUGCUUGUGAUAUGUGCGAUAAGUGGUGGCACUACUCGUGUGCCGGAGUGACCGACUCCGUUGAAAAUACAAAAUGGUAUUGUGCUUCUUGUUUCCCACAACCAGCAAAAUCAGUGUCUAUCGCCUCGUCAGCAGCUUCACGAAAAGCUCGCUUAGAACUGCAUUUGAAGCGCCUGGAAGAGCAACGAGAGCUUGACAAGAAACUGUUAGAGCUGGAACUGGAGAAAAAAUAUGUGAAGGAAAAAUAUCAGUUGAUGGAAGAUACGCUGCUCGAAGAUUUCGAAACUCGCAGCGUACGUAGUCGGAUCUACGAUUUCGAGAGUCGAACGAAACAAGUCGCUGAUGUUGUCAAUCGUUCACCCAAACAAACGCUCAAAGAUUGCCACAAUACUCAGCGACCGACUGAGCAAUCAACCUUGAAGCAGCUAAAUGAACUGAAAGAGCAGCUGCGGUUAUGUCAGCUGCAGAUGCAACAACAAUGCACCUCUAUCUCUUCGCGCCCAGCAGUUACCACGAAUGGAGCAGGUACUAAAGUGCUUCCAGUGAAAAAUUUUAAUUCACCAUCGAUGAUUGGAAGCGGUCGACCCACACUACGGUCUCAUACGACCGGCCAUAAUCCUACAGCGAUACCGGGGGUGAUCAGUAACGAGCGGCAACAAGAGCCGUCCGUCCCUAGACAGAAUCGAAAUGUACUUGAUCAGGAACAACAAGCCGAUCACUUCUCAGUUGAGCAGCAGCGAAAUCCGCACGCGUUUCCAACUCCGCCGCAAAUGAUAGGUUCAAUUCCAACUGCUAAUUCGACUACACCUUUUUCACAAGGCCCGUCCCCAGAGCAGCUAGCUGCUCGGCAAGUAAUGCCUCGAGAUUCACCAGAAUUCACUGGUGAUCCCGAAGAAUGGCCGCUGUUCUUCUGCAGCUAUAAUAAUACUACUUCGGCCUGUGGUUACAAUACUCAGCGACCGACUGAGCAAUCAACCUUGAUGCAGCUAAAUGAACUGAAAGAGCAGCUGCGGUUAUGUCAGCUGCAGAUGCAACAACAAUGUACCUAUAUUUCUUCGCGCCCAGCAGUUACCACGAAUGGAGCAGGUACUAAAGUGCUUCCAGUGAAAAACAAUACUUCCGUCCCUAGACAGAAUCGAAAUGUACUUGAUCAGGAACAACAAGCCGAUCACUUCUCAGUUGAGCAGCAGCGAAAUCCGCACGCGUUUCCAACUCCGCCGCAAAUGAUAGGUUCAAUUCCAACUACUAAUUCGACUACACCUUUUUCACAAGGCCCGUCCCCAGAGCAGCUAGCUGCUCGGCAAGUAAUGCCUCGAGAUUUACCAGAAUUCACUGGUGAUCCCGAAGAAUGGCCGCUGUUCUUCUGCAGCUAUAAUAAUACUACUUCGGCCUGUGGUUACAAUAAUGCCGAAAAUCUCUCUCGACUGCAACGUUGUUUAAAAGGACCCGCACUGAGGGCGGUUAGAUACUUCCUGAUGGUACCAGAAACAGUUCCAGAUGUUAUGAGAACCCUAGAGACACUUUUUGGCCGUCCUGAGAUGAUAAUCAAUAAGCUCAUCAAAAACGUUCGUGAAACUCCCGCUCCGAGAGCGGAGAAGCUGGAAACACUGAUCGAAUUCGGAAUGGCUAUACGAAACCUAACCCAGCAUCUAAUCGCCGUAGAUCAGAUAUCGCACCUUUCCAAUCCUAUUCUUUUACAGGAAAUAGUAGACAAACUUCCUGCCAGUAUUAAGCUGCAGUGGGCUCAGCAUCUUCAGAAUUGCCAAGUAGUAACGUUGCAAAAUUUAAGCGAAUUUAUGACGACGGUUAUUGACUCCGUCAGUAAAGUUGUGAUGUAUGUUGGCAAACCGAUACAGGGGAAUGAGAUGUCAAGAGCGCGGGAGAGAGGAUUUGUUCAUGCUCACAUUGAAACGGGUGAGAAAGAAGGAGUGCGUGCAGUAGUUAAAAGUUGUCCUGUUUGUAAUAAAGAUGGCCAUCGUGUAGCAGAUUGUGCUGCUUUCAAAAGGGGUAGCACUGAAAAUCGAUGGAAAACUGUUACUACGCUGAAGCUGUGCCGUAGUUGCCUGAAUUUUCAUGGUCGCCGGGCAUGUAGGAAAACCUCCCGCUGUGGUGUUAACGGAUGUGAACUACGUCACCAUGCGUUACUUCAUUCUACGCCUUCUUUACCCGCAAGAAUUUCAACUACUAAUCAGUAUUUCGAAAACCACACUUACCAUCACAACGGACAGUCGGUGUUGUUUCGGAUUGUGUCAGUGAUGCUGCAUGGCACAUCUAAGUCUUUGAAAGUAUUUGCCUUUCUCGACGAAGGUUCUUCGGCGACCCUCAUGGAACAUAGCCUUGCAAAAUGUCUGGGAAUCGAAGGGCCAAAUGCUCCGUUGUGCUUAAAGUGGACAGCAAACAUGUCUCGAUUAGAGUCGGAAUCGCAGCUUAUUUCUUUAGACAUAUCUGCAGUGGGUGGGAAAAAUCGCUAUAAUCUGGCAAAUGUGAGAACUGUUGAAAGUCUCAACUUGCCUUCACAGACACUACAUGUCGGAGAGUUGCAAAAUAAAUUUCGUCACCUACAAGGUCUGGCCAUUCAGAGCUACGAGAAUGUGACACCACGUCUAUUAAUAGGACUUCGUGACCUUAGUCUCGCUGUACCACUGGAAACGAUAGAAGGAGAUCAUGGACCGAUUGCAACUAGAACGCGGUUAGGUUGGUGCCUUUACGGAAGUCUCGGCCAUCAGUUUCAAUCAGAAGAAAGCAACUACCAUAUAUGCGAGUGUGACAUGAACGAAAAGCUCAGUGUCAUGAUUAGAGAAUAUUUUAAUGCAGAUUACGAGGGUGUGAAGACAACGCCUCUGCUCGAUUCCGAAGAAAAUAAAAGAGCACGUCGGAUUAUGGAAGAAACAACUUCUAGAGUCGGUGAACGAUACCAAACUGGUUUGCUAUGGCGAUACGAUGAAAUUGAUCUGCCGGAUAGCUUUCCAAUGGCUCUACAGCGUCUUAAAUGUCUGGAACGCCGCAUGCAAAAGGAUAGUGCUCUAAAUGAGAACGUACAUCGUCAGGUUCGCGAAUAUCAAGAGAAGAGCUACGCUCAUAGAGCGACGGAGGAAGAAUUACUCAUGGCCAAUCCAAACCGAGUGUGGUAUCUUCCCGUUAGUGCUGUGACUAACCCGAACAAGCCAGGAAAAUUUCGCUUGGUGUGGGAUGCGGCAGCGAAAGUUCGCGGCAUCUCACUCAAUAGCCUUCUUCUGCCUGGCCCAGAUCUGCUGAUACCGCUACCCUACGUCUUGUUCCGCUUCCGCCAAUUUCCUGUAGCGGUUUCUGGUGACAUCAGAGAGAUGUUUCACCAGAUCCGCAUCAUCGAGCCAGACCGCCAUUCUCAACGGUUUCUAUGGCGUGACAGUCCUGAGCAAGAGCCUCAGAUAUUUCUUAUGGACGUUGCGACUUUUGGAGCUACUUGCUCCCCAUCUUCCGCACAAUUCGUAAAAAACAAAAAUGCGGAAGAAUUUGCGAAAUUGUACCCUAGAGCGGUAAACGAUAUUAUAAAAUCACACUAUGUGGACGACUAUCUCAGUAGUUUUGAAACGGUCGAGGAAGCAAAAAAGGUAGCAGAAGAGGUAAAACUAGUACACUCAAAAGGUGGAUUUGAAAUCCGGAAUUGGGCCUCUAAUAGUAGGACUGUGUUGGAUUACUUAGGCGGAGCGUCAGCAGAAAGCGUGAAAAAAUUAAAUUUGAUGCGUAGUGUUGACACUGAGCGAGUGCUAGGUAUGCUCUGGCAGUCUAUAGAAGACGAACUACGUUUUUCGACAUCAUUUCGGAAAGAGAUUGCUUCGCUUAUCGAUUCGGGAGCGAGACCAACGAAACGACAGAUUCUAAAAUGUGUCAUGAGCCUAUUUGACCCACUCGGACUUUUGGCAUCAUUCCUGGUUCACGGUAAGAUCAUGAUGCAAGAAGUGUGGCGAACAAAAAUCCAGUGGGAUGAGCGAGUUAACGAUCACAUAUACGAUCGAUGGAAGAAAUGGAUCGCACUAUUUCACCUCGUUCAGAAGGUCCAUGUGUUUGUUGAUGCAAGCGAGGAUGCUUAUUCCGCUGUGGUAUAUUUCCGUGUUGAGAUGCCGGAUGGAACCGCUCAGUGCACGCUGGUAGCCGCGAAAACGAAAGUUGCACCUAUUCGGCACGCCACCGUACCUCGACUAGAAUUGAUGGCCGCUGCAUUGGGGGUGCGGCUUGCAAAUUUCAUCAUCAAUGGCCAUUCUGUAACUGUUCGUCGGGAAGUUUUCUGGUCCGAUUCGAGAACAGUUUUGGCUUGGAUUGAAUCCGAACACCGCCGUUAUAGACAAUUUGUUGCUUGUCGAGUCAGCGAGAUUCUGUCAUCAACGAAUGCUAACGAUUGGAGGUGGGUGGCGAGUAAACUUAACGUGGCAGAUGAAGCCACAAAAUGGGGCAAAGGACCGUGUUUUGAUUCCACCAGCCGCUGGUUUCAAGGGCCAGAGUUCUUGUACUCGGAUGAAAAACAUUGGCCACAAAUGACAGAGGAAAACUCUACCAGCGAGGAGUUACGUGCCUGUUUUGUCCAUCAAAUAGUUCCAGUAUCACUAAUAAAAUUUGAACGCUUUUCGAAUUGGUAUCGCUUGCUAAGAGCAGUAGCGUACGUGAGGCGUUUUGUGAACGCGUGCAGAAAGAAGACGCAGGAACCUUUCACGAGGGAAAUUCUGACCCAACAAGAAUUACAUGAUGCUGAAAACUUGAUUUGGAGGAUUGUGCAGUUAGACGCAUAUGCAGACGAGAUUACCGUCAUUCGAAAAAAUGAGAGCUUGCCAUUUCAUGAACAUGAAUCGCUCGAAAAAUCUAGUUUGCUAUUUAAACUUACACCAGCUCUAGAUGAUCAAGGCGUCCUGCGUGUUGACGGUCGCAUAGGUGCCUUGCAGUUAGUUUCGGCGGACCAAAAGUGCCCAAUCAUACUGCCAAAACACCAUCGCGUGACCCUUUUGGUUAUAGACAGUUACCACCGGAAGUACCUACAUGCCAACUAUGAGACGGUGGUUAAUGAAGUGCGUCAACGCUUUUAUGUACCACGAUUGCGAGUUUUAGUGAAAACGGUAUCAAAUCGCUGUCAGUGGUGUAAAAUAAAAAAAUCACAUCCGUCCGUGCCUAGAAUGGCACCACUACCGGCGGCGAGACUGUCCCCCUUCAUUCGUCCCUUUAGUUAUGUCGGCUUGGACUAUUUUGGCCCGAUCACUGUGAAAGUUGGGCGUGCAAAUGCUAAGAGGUGGAUUGCCCUUUUCACCUUCCUCACUAUACGUGCUGUACAUGUAGAGGUAGCAUUCGAUUUAACUACAAAAAGUUGCAUCUCCUGUAUACGUCGUUUUGUUGCUCGACGAGGUGCCCCGAUCGAAAUCUAUUCCGAUAACGGUAGGAACUUCAUCGGAGCUGAUCGUAUCCUGAAAGAACAAAUCCAGCGCAUUCAUGGAGGCUCGGCCGCCACUUUCACCAAUACCAACGCGAAAUGGUUAUUCACACCACCUUCUACCCCACACAUGGGCGGCUCCUGGGAGCGCUUGGUUCGGUCGGUGAAAAUUGCAAUGACUAAUCUACCCCAAGAGCGCAAGCUAGAUGACGAGGCCCUGUGUACCAUAGUCGUGGAAGCUGAAGCUAUAGUCAAUUCUCGCCCGCUGACCUAUCUGCCUCUUGACGCUGCCGAGCAGGAAGCCAUCACACCUAAUCACUUUUUGCUCGGGUCUUCUAAUGGAGUGAAACAGCCAGCGGUUAACAUGACCGAUUCAAACCAUUCAGUUCGUAGUUCAUGGAACCUAAUCCAACACAACCUUGACCUAUUCUGGAAACGCUGGGUAAGAGAGUACCUGCCUACACUGACUAAACGAACCAAGUGGUUCGGAGAGGCGAAACCAGUUCAGCCAGGGGAUUUGGUUUUAAUUAUCGAUGACUCGAAACGAAAUGGAUGGGUCCGAGGAAAAGUACUAGAGGUAAUUACAGCGAAAGAUGGCAGGGUAAGACAAGCUGCGGUCCAGACAUCCGACGGAGUGUUCCGCAGGCCAGUAUCCAAGUUGGCGGUACUGGAAGUGAACAGAAGCGAUAAAGCUGAGGCAAAUACCCAUCUUUACGGGGAGGGGGAUGUUACCACUGGCAACUCUUCCCAUGGUACACCAACCUAA